AUGCAUAGGGUAGCAUUCUCGGCAGGCCAUUCGGCCAACACUGCCAGCAAGAUUUCGAGCUCGAGGACUUUUGCAUCAGUCAGCUCUGCUACUAAAAAUCACAAAGUUGUUGUUGUUGGUGGUGGAUCUGCUGGUCUAGCCAUCAGUCACCAGUUGCUCCGUACUGGAAAAUUCACACAAGACGACAUUGCUAUUGUGGAUCCUUCGGCCUACCAUGAUUACCAGCCUGGAUGGACACUGGUCGGUGGUGGUCUCAAGACCAAGGAAGAAUUGAGGAAACCUAUGGACAGUCUCGUGGACUCUAAGUUGAAGCAGUACAGACAAGGAGUCAGCACCUUCGCUCCUGAGGAGAACCUGGUCACUCUUGGCAAUGGCGACAAAGUGGGAUACGAGCACCUGGUUGUGGCACCUGGUAUCGGCAUCAAGUACGACAACAUCAAGGGUCUACCUGAAGCACUGGCAGACCAAUCAGCGCCUGUCUCGACUAUUUACGGUUACGAGACCUGUGACAAGGUCUUCCGUAACAUCAAGGAGUUCCGCGGCGGUGAAGCCUUGUUCACUCUCCCUACUGGUGUCGUAAAGUGUGCUGGUGCACCACAAAAAGCAAUGUGGCUCGCACUGGAUCACUGGAAGAAGGCCGGUCUUUACAACCCCGACAACGUCGCCAACUCACCUAUCAAGAUCAGCUUUGCAACCGCUCUACCUGUCAUGUUUGGUGUGCCCAAGUACAGCGCGACUCUGGAGGAGCUGCGCAAGCAGCGCGGUGUCGAGGCUAUGUUCCAACACGAUCUUAUCGAGGUCAACGGUGACAAGGCCAUCUUUGCACGCCUGGAUGGUAGCGAGCAAGUUUCCAAGCGCUUCGACCUGCUUCACGUAGUCCCCAAGAUGGGACCUCACGCUUUCAUCAAGGACAGUCCCUUAGCAAAUGCAGCAGGUUUCGUCGAUGUUGAGGAUGCUACUCUUCGCCACAAGAAGUUCGCCAAUGUCUGGUCAGCUGGCGAUGCCUCUUCAUUGCCUACAGCCAAGACUGCUGCCGCCGUCACUUCUCAGGCCCCUGUAUUGGUACAGAACAUGGUCCAAGCCAUCGAGGGCAAGGAGCUCAACGCGGCAUACGACGGAUACACGUCUUGCCCCCUAUUGACUGAGUACGGCAAGGUCUUGCUCGCCGAGUUCAAGUACGGUGGUCAGCCCAAGGAGACAUUCGCCAAGUUCGGUGUUGACCAAGCCGUUCCCCGUCGCGCCUUCUACCACCUCAAGAAGGACUUUUUCCCUUGGGUAUACUACAACAACAUGGUCAAGGGUACUUGGGGUGGACCUAAGGGCUGGGUCUGGUAA